AUGAAAAUUGCUUCACAUAGCACCAAAAAGUUUGUCUCCAAUUUGCAGCCUUUAACCAUGAUCAAGCAGGGCAAGAAGCAUAUUAUUGCUCAGCCAAAGAACAUUUACAACAAAAUGCCAUGGAGGGCACCCAUUAAUUACCAUAAAAGUAACACUAGUACUACAACUGUUGCUUCUUCUUCAUCUUUCGAUGAAGAGGAGAUGCUAAGGCCUUCAGAGUCAGUCGAUGACGAGAACUCGACUGAGUCGUUGCUCGCUGGAAAGCUGUCCGACGGUGGGCUUCCAGGCUCAGAGAACCCAGAAGUUCCAAAAGGGUACGUGGCAGUCUAUGUGGGGUGCGAGCUGAGGAGGUUUUUGAUUCCCACAAGCUGCUUGUCAAUGCCAGAAUUUAGGAUUUUAAUGGAUAGAACUGCUGAGGAGUAUGGCUUCGAGCAAGAUGGUGCAAUAGAGAUCCCUUGUGAUGAAAAAGAUUUCCAAAAAAUUUUGUGUAGAUGUUUGUCUUCGAAGGAUAAGAAAAAGAACGGCAAAAAGCCAUGA